GUACCUAAAUAAUUGUCCCAGAGGAAUAUUGCACACUUAAAAAUUAAUUUUCCCACAUUAAAGGACCGUCUAUUUAUUUAGCGGUGUAUAUCUUUGGAGAAUUCUGUGAAUCAGUUAUUCUAAGUAAACAAAAAUUGUCAAAGAGUGUUUGAAAAACCAUGUAAUCACCAUGACAAUGAUAACGGCGGCUUAUUCAUCAAAUUAUCGCUAAAUAAAUUCAUAAACCAAAUACUAGGGAAAAAUCAAUCACACAAUGAGUGUAUUUUUACGCUAGAAUUGCGCCAAAACUAUAAACCAAAUAUUUGUCAGCCAACCCGCCUUCCAUAAACGAAACUAUUAAAGCAACAGUCCUCCACUGUAUCUCAAAUAACUCUUCAAAAUGAACACAAAACUUGUUUGGUUGUUCUUGCUCUGCUUUGCUGUUACACUGGGUAAUGCCCUGGUGUGCUAUCAAUGCAGAACAAGUCAUAACCAAGACUGUUACAGCCCUAUCAAUAAAACAAGCAUUCAAAAGCACCACUGCAACUCACGCAACUCUGACGUCGUAGAUUAUCAAUGUGUUGCCUAUCUUGAACGCAAUAGCAGAACAAAUUCUUCCACUGUGAGCAGACACUGUGUGGUAAAAAAUGACUUUGACUGUACUAAUUUUGCCAACAACCGUAGACACAAGGGCUACAUUGUAGACGAGUGUUACGUAUGUGACGACGAUUUGUGUAAUUCAGGACAGAAGACUGCUGCUCUUUUUGCUCUGACGUUAGGUUUUAUAUUUGUAGGGAGAUUUUGUAUGUAAAAUUUUCGUAAUAUUUAAACACUAGUGAAAUAAAACUGCCGUCCAAUUAAGAAUAAUAGGUUUUCCAUUGUUUGUACAUUAUAUAGGUACCUACCUUCUCAAAAUGUUCACUAAGCUUAAUUCAGGAUAAUUACGAAGAAAUUGUUAUAUUUAUAAGAAAAGCGAAGCUGAGAGGUUUUACUGACACUUUAUGUGAGCCGCAUAUUCAUUAAUGCGAAAAAAGUUAAUUAAGUAUGAUUCUCUAGUACACGUCGAUCCUUCUUGUUCUUAAUCUUUUAAAAUCUCUAAGUUAUUUAUAAUUUUUAUUAUAUAACAUUAUUUAACUUUGCAUACGUUUUUCUCUUUUUUUAGUUACAAUAAAAUGAUGAAAUUAA